AUGACCACAAUCGAACUUGCUCAAAAGGCAACAAUUGUCGCAAAUUCUUUGAGAAUGGUCGACACGUCAUUUAACGACUUCUCUUUAGCACUCGAAGGCUCAACAUCAAAACUUCCUUUUAACGAUACUCCUGCGUCUUUUCUCUCAUUAGUUGAUUUGUGCCAGUCUGUUAAUACCGCGAUGCGCAACACUCUUUCCGUUUACCACGAGGCCUUUCGAGCGCUGAGUGACAGCCUUAAGAAACCCUGGGAGUGGAAGGAGGAAUUCAGCAGUCACACACUAAUAAAAUCCGAACAGAUGCAACAAGUAUUUAACGUGCACACUUACACCUGUCUCACGAAGUACAUCACAUCCCUCAAAAACAAUCAACAGGGUGAGUUGCGAGCAGCGCUGGAUGAAAGUUUGGUGAAGCCGUUCACAUUUGUUUCAGACCGGUUAGUCUCGGAGAGAGUCAAACAAUUGCAACGCGAUUAUAAUCAGCCCGUAGAUACUAUUUUAAAGCUCGAGGGGAAGCCUAAGAUGUUUCUACCUGAAGGAAUAGAACGAUUGAUGUACCAAGUCUAUUUCUCGACGGAAAGUAUGGAAGGAGUUUUUAGACAAUGUGCGGGGAAGAGUGAGAUGGAACAAUACUUUAAAUACAUUGGAGUCGUAGACUUUGAUCUGAUAGAUGGAGUUUUAGCUUGUGCAUUAAUUAAGAAAUAUAUUCGAGAAAUUAGUGAGCCUAUAUGGCCAGUCGAGUUGUAUGACCAAUUAAUUAAUAUCACUGAAAAUUUCGGAGGAAAUUUGGCAAUGUGGAAAAUGAAGUUUAGAGGAAUGUAUAAUACCGUGCCAGACCAAAACAAAACGUUUUUGGAAUAUUUCGUUCCACUUUGCUUGAAAAUAGUCGAACACAAAACAAGUAAAAUGAAUGUUAAUAAUUUGGCAAUUUGUGUGGGUCCGGCAGUGAUUAGAAAAAGUGCCAUGACUGAGGGAAUGUUCUCUCAAUAUGUAUUUUUGGCUUUUACUAAUAUACUGACCGCUGCUUUAGAUAUCUUUCCCCAAAUACAACUCAAAUUUAUUGACUCAAGAAUUAAAGAAGUGUGUUCACCUUCAUCUUUAUACAUCGACACAUUCGGAAAGAAAGUUUCAAAGAAUAAAAGAGGAGCAAAAACCCCAACAGUAAUGAGAAAAUUGUUUAGUGAUAAAGGACUCAGUCAGGCGAAACAUAGAAGAUCAGUGUCGUCUUUAGCUGCAGAAAGUAUCUCAAAACAACUCAUACCAAAAAUGUAG